AUGGCGGCCGGGCAGGGGGGCGGCGGCGGCAACAACGGCGCGGGCAGCGGGACAGGGACGGCGCCCGGGAGCGGAGCGGCGGGGCUCGGCAUCCCCGCGCACCUGACUCUCUCCUUCUCGUCCGGGCCGCACUGGGGCGCGGCAGCUCUGCCGCAGUCGCACACGGUGCGCAGCCUGGAGCGGGCCCUGGAGGAGGCAGGCAGCUCGGGCAUCCUGUGCCUGAGCGGGAGGAAGCUGCGCGACUUCCCCGGCAGCGGCUGCGACCUGAGCGACACCACACAAGCAGAUCUUUCAAAGAACAGAUUUACUGAAAUUCCUCCUGAUGUCUGGCUGUUUGCACCUCUGGAAACUUUAAAUUUGUAUCACAACUGCAUCAAAUCCAUUCCAGAAUCUAUUAAAAAUUUACAAAUGCUUACCUACCUUAACAUUAGUCGAAAUCUUUUGUCAACGUUGCCAAAAUACCUGUUUGAUCUUCCACUGAAAGUUCUGGUUGUCAGUAAUAACAAGCUGGUCUCCAUUCCAGAAGAAAUUGGAAAGCUGAGAGAUCUAAUGGAGUUGGAUAUUAGCUGUAAUGAACUUCAAGUUCUUCCCCAGCAAAUAGGAAAAUUGCAGUCACUUAGAGAAUUGAACAUAAGAAGAAAUAAUCUCCAUAUGCUGCCAGAUGAAUUAGGAGACCUUCCCUUGGUAAAGCUGGAUUUUUCUUGUAAUAAAAUUACAGAAAUUCCCAUUUGUUACAGAAAGUUACGUCACUUACAAGUUAUAGUUUUGGAUAACAAUCCAAUGCAGAUACCACCAGCACAGAUAUGUUUAAAGGGCAAAGUACAUAUAUUUAAAUUCCUCAGUAUUCAGGCGUGCCUCAGAAUAGAUAAAAAACCAGAUUCAUUAGAUCUUCCAUCGUUAGGUAAACGAAUCCCCUCCCAGCCACUCACAGACAGCAUGGAGGACUUUUAUCCCAAUAAAAACCAUGGACCAGACUCUGGCAUUGGAAGUGAUAAUGGGGAUAAAAGGUUGUCCACUACGGAACCAUCUGAUGAUGAUACAAUCAGCCUUCACUCCCAGGUGUCAGAGUCAACAAGGGAGCAGACAUUAAGGAACGACAAUCACGUAAUGGGAAGUAAACUCGAUCCACAGAAAGACCAGGAGGCGUUUGACUACAUUGAUCCCAAUGCAGAGGAGGGAGCUCUUCCUGAGCAGGGAGAUGCACAGACUGGCCCCCUGCUCUCCUAUGUCAAGGAACGGGGAAAACAUCCUGAGAAAUCCCAGAAAACAGAACAAAAUGAGGACUGGAGAGAUGAAAAAAGACUUCAGAAAGAACAACUGCUGGCUGAAGAUGAUGAUGAACUCAAAGAAGUGACUGACUUGAGAAAAAUAGCAGCUCAGUUGUUGCAGCAAGAACAAAAACACAGACGAAGGCCACUAAGCUAUAGAACUUCAUUCAGUGAAAAGCUCUUCCAGAGGACCAGGGCGGCAGGACGUGCUUCAAGGCUUCUUAAUCAUUCAGUUUCAGUAAACACAAGGAACAGGCCAAAGCAACCAAUGGAAUCUGAAAAAUGUGUCUCAACAAAUGAAGUGAAUUCCCCAGUGUCCCCAUACAACUGGCAGCCACUGGAAAACCAGAAGGAUUCAGUGGAUGAGCAGCAUUGGCCAGAAACACAGCCAGUAAUCUGGCAGAAUGAAGAAAGGAGGAGAAGUAAACAAAUUAGAAAAGAGUAUUUCAAGUAUAAGUCUUCCAGAAAGAGUUCAAGUGGAAAUGAAAACGAUGAGCAAGACAGUGAUAAUACUAAUGUGUCCCCACAGUCUCCUGUGUCGUCUGAGGAUUAUGAAAGGACAGAUAGUAACACUCAUGGUCCGUUUGGGCUCAAACCAAGGUCAGCUUUCAGCCGUGCCUCACGCCAGGACUAUGGUGCAGUGGAUCCUGGGUUUACUAUGAGGAGGAAAAUGGAGCAUUUAAGGGAAGAAAGGGAGCAAAUCAGACAGCUUCGCAGUAAUCUUGAAUCCAGGUUGAAGGUGAUUUUGCCAGAUGACAUUGGAGCAGCGUUGAUGGAUGGGGUGGUUCUUUGCCAUUUAGCCAAUCACAUAAGGCCACGUUCUGUUGCCAGCAUUCAUGUCCCAUCGCCAGCAGUGCCUAAACUCAGCAUGGCAAAGUGCCGAAGAAAUGUUGAAAACUUCCUGGAUGCUUGUAAAAAAUUGGGCGUUCCACAGGAGAGACUUUGCUUGCCUCAUCACAUUCUGGAGGAAAGGGGUCUGGUGAAGGUUGGCCUCACAGUUCAAGCUCUACUUGAGUUGCCUGCAUUGAAAGUAUCUCAGCUUUCUUCCAUGUGACACAACUUCUUGGCAGCUAGACAACUUCCCAUUUGCUCUGUUGAAAUGGAUUGCUCUGAGGCACCUCAGCCUCCUACACGGGAACACCUAAGCCAUCAAAAACUAAAAUCUGUCCUGAUGCUGUAGAGAGCCUUACUUUGGAGCUGUGUGUGAAAACCAUUGAGUCAGUUCACAGUUAAAAGAACAUAACUGUUUUUUUCUUUUGUAAUUAGAUGCACAAAGAGAAUGUGGUAGUAUCAGGUUCUCUUUCUAGUUAAGUUAGAAGCUGCCAUUUAACAUCUCAGUGUUCGAGUUAAAUGCUGAAUUUCUUUUUUUUACAUUGAAAAUGUUGUUUGAAUUACUUUUGAAAAUACAAAGCACACCCCAGUCACUUUAAUUUUUCGAGUCAAUCAUUUGAUUUAAAGAUAAGUCAAAAAUGUAGCUAUGGUAUGAUGGUAAAAACGUGAGCAACUGAUCACUUGUAAUCCCCUUUCACUCUCUGAAAGCUUAAUAUUUGGGUUCUUUGUUUUUUGCACUCCUCAUUGUAACUUACGCACUUCUAGCAUUGCCAGUAUUGAGUCUGAGUGUCUGGUGAUUACACAGAACAGGAUACAGUGAGAAAAGGACACAGUUUAUUGAGUUUUUCCAGUCUUCUAGGUUGGUGCCAAAUAUUUUUUUUCAGUUGUACUGUAGAUUGUUUACCUGUGAAGUGCCUGUGUAAUUGAUAACUCUUAAUAGUCUUAAACAUUUUUGAAAUUUCUUUGUUUAAAAUAGAUAAAAUGGAAAUUUUUUAAUAUUUUAAUAGGUUUUUUUUGUAAAAUCAGUAUGUGAAGAUUUAAAUAAUACUUCACAUUUUUGAUGUUGGGUGUUUUAAGUUUGUUGCACAAUUUCAUUGGUUAUUUGUUGUCUAAUAAUUAGAAAAUACUGUAAAUACUUUUUAUUUAUGAUAUUUAAUUUGAUAAUACCUUAUUACUUUUGCUUUAAUGUAUUGUUGGAUAAAUACAAAGUUGUCUACUUUUCUUUGUUUGGGACAAACAAAUACACAUGGUGAAUAAGACAUGGGGACUAGUGAUUCAUACAGAGUAGUUUAGGACAUUUUGAUAAAACUGCCAAAAUCUCAGGUUUACGCUGUGAUGUUCAGGAUUUUGUGUAGUUUCUCCUGAUCUCACAUUACAUUUUUACAACAGGUAUAUCCAUAGUUUAACUGGGAAGCAUCAGUGUUUAUCUUCUUAGUGUUUGCAAGGUUUAUUGUGUAAUUUACAUGUGUGGCAUUAGCACACAGGUCAGUUUGUACACAUGUCACUGUGCUCAGACAUUAGAUCGAUUGAUAAAUGUGAAAACAAAACAUUUCCACUGUGUUGGUUUUUUGAAACUUCUGAGUUUAUGUAUUUGUUUGCUUCUGCACAAAUUCUUGGUGUGUUGAGAACAUUUUGAAACCAUACACAGUCAAGUUCUUCUAUAAACAAGUUGCAAAUAAUUCCAUAAUUUUGGUUGUAGAUCUGUUUGUAUUAGUUAGUUCUUCAUGAAUAGGUAGUUCAAUUUAAAAAGUGUUUUGACUGCCACAGAUUUCCUAUUUCAGGCUAAGUUGUUUUCAGUUGAGGGAUGUGUUUGCCAAACAUGUGCUAAGAUUUGAUUCUGUUCUUUCCGAUUGAUCAAGACCCCGUGUAAGAUAAUUCAUAAAAGAAUGAGGGAGGAGUAUUGUCUGAUCCUUCUACUGUAGUCCUUAUAGGCAAUAGAUGACAGGAAAAAUAACCUUUUUCUGAUGAUAAAUUUAAAAAUGCCGCUUAUUUUUAAAUCCAUUGAAACAAGUUAGUGUACAUGUUAUAGUUAAAAGCCACUAUUGUUCAUAUAGUGCUGUCUUAAACAACAGCUUAUGGAGAGGCUGGUGUAUAAAUUAAUUUGCAAAGUCCUGGAUAUAAAUCUUAGGUUAGAUAAAUAUGUGUUUAAGGAAAAUGGAUUGCUUUGACAUUUGAAAUAGUGUAUUUCAAAUCUAUCUCUAAUUGGUUCUUGUAUCUCUUCUUAAUGAUUAUUUUAACAACUUCAGGCUUGAUUUUUAUUAAAGGCACUAUCUGAAAAGUCAUGAAAAAACUAAUGAAAAAGUUAUAAUUCACUAAGCAAAAUGCUUGCCUGCUACAUUAAAAAAACCAGCCAUUUGAAAAGAUUGUUAUGUCCUUAUCUUUCAUUUCACUGUUGUUGCUGCUACCAGAGCAAAGUUCUAGUUCAGUGUUAGCCAUGGAAGUGCUAACUAUAAAUUGUCACUUGCAAUUUACCUGAAAACUGAUCUCCACUGCUGUUUCAUUGUCAUGUUUAAAAACAUAUUCUGAACUUAGGGUAGCAUUUUUCCUUCUUUAAUUAAUUUUAUUAAGUUGCAUCACAGUGUAAACAUUAAGAAUGUUUACUUGAUGUAGCAUGGCAGCUGCUGACUACUUAGGGAUUUUUCAAACUCCUUAGUAAGUUGAAAACUGGAUAUGAAACUUCCGUACUCAUUUUAAAUUGAAAACAAUCCAAAAAUAUUUAUUUUUUUUAAGUACUCCACAGUUGUUCCCCACAGACUUCUUAGCAACAGUCUUGCUUUGCCAUUCCUUGGAAACUAUUAGGGCUGCCUUCUUGCUUAUUGGGAAGGAUAAUCGAUUCUUCCAAGACUUUCCUUUUAGCAUGGCAAAGAUUAAAGCCCUUAAGUAUCCUUAGGAGCAGUCUGAGAAAAGAUCCACUGUGCUUGGAUAAAUCUUUUUCUCAUCUCUAACUGCUUUUACAAAUAAUAAUAAUCAUCAUCAUCUAAAGCCUUGCUAACAUUGGGUUGUACCCAUUGAAAUUUCUUUAAGAGUGAUUUCAAAAAUUAUGCUAAAAAGGUUUGAAUUCUAGAUUUUCAUUUCCAGGUAGCCUAUGGAAAUAGUUGUGUCUUUUCUCUACAAGAAUUUGCAUACUCUACUCCUUUCUCUUUUCCUUUUGAUUCCCAGAGUCUUACUUUUGUUUGUUCUCAGAUCUAGUGUAUUCAUGUUGUUGAUUACUCUGGGCCACUUUCCUCCUUCCUCUUUAAUUUUUUAAAUAAAUUGUUUCAGUGGCACUGGUGAACUACUGUGGUUCCAGAAUCCCUGUUCCAAACAUUUCCAUUUUGAGAUAGCCGUUUUCCAUUUGAUGCCAUUACUUAGUGUUUGAUACAGCUUAUGGUGUAGUUAAAAACAGAGGCCUGCUCAGUUCCUUUUGCACUUGUUCCAUUUGCACUUAGGACAUGAAGAAAGGUCAACAUUAAAAGCUUUAGGGAGGGUGCAGUAAGUUUUCCUAAUAAACUUUGCAAUAAUGUGGCGUGAACUAUAAAUUACAGAGUGAAUCAGCAUAGUGGCAGGGCUUCUGACCUUGUGUAUUUUUUCUGUAUUUUAUGUCACUGGAUGCAGUAUGUAACAUGUGACUGAUCUUUCACUUGAGCAAUAAUGUCCCAAAUAUGGUGAGGUCUUAAAGCAGUGAUGGUAAAAUAGUUGUUGUGAAGUGUGUCUUCCCAGAGAGUAUCUCAGAAAUGCUUUUCAUCUGUUCUCCAGCACUGGGAAUCAGAAACCAUCCAGACCCCUGCAUCUGGAGGCCUUCCAAAAUCUAACCAAGAACUAUGAGCAUAAAAUAGGGAGGAAUGGAUUUGAAACAAUAAACAACUGACGAGAAUCAUAAGGGGUUUUUUUGUUUGUUUUUUGUUUUUUUUUUUAAUUAUAGCCUUUACUUAAGGCAUGUUUUACCCUUGAGUUCAGUAGAUUCUCACCUUUUUGAUUUGUAGAACACCUGAGCUGGAGACUAUAGCAAAUGUGGCUUAAGCUUGUUUUGCACCAGCAAGCUUCAGUGUCAGAUUCUUGGCUAGAAUAGUGAUCUCUGGUAGGUCAAAGGAAGUACUAAAAUGUAAUGUGGAUUCAUUUAAUAAAUUUUUUUCUGAUAAGCCAAACAUUAUUUAGAUGGUAAGAAAAAUUACAUUGAAGUGAGGUAGGAAGGUAUGUUACCUCAAUAAAGUUGCAGGUGAGGACAACUAUUAGCCUUUUACUGUACUGAAAUCUUUAUUUCAAAUACCAUAUCAUUUAGUGGCAGUCUCCUCAGAUUUUAGCAUAAAUCUAUAGUUAAAUCCAAACAAAAAUGAAGACAUCUGUAGUUUUCACUAAAAUGGAACUUUCAUGUGUCAUGUUGGUACUGAAGAGAAGGACAAAGGUCGAGCACUUCUUCCUUUUGCUGUUUCCUUAAAUGUUUAUUUGAAAGGCUGAUUGUGCUGAUUUCAACUGAAAACAACCUGUGGAAAUUUUUAGCACUUCUGCAGAUGGGAGAUGUGGUUUGGUAUUGGCAAAUCAAAUGUCACUAAAGGCUAAUGUCUGUGUUUCUGUUAGAGGAACUUUACUUGAAAAGCAAAAGCAAAUAAACACACACCAACACACACAAAUUUGGAAUUAAAAAAUAUCAUUAAGACCAGCAAUGGGAAAGGCAAAGUCAAUUUGUGCAAGCAGAAGAGUGCUCUAAGUUGAUUUCACCUUGAAAAGCCUUCACUCCUAGUAAAGAAGGACGUUUAUUAGCUGAGGGAUAAGGAUCCUUGAGUGCAUGGAGCUUUCAGUAGAGCUUAGAACAAGAAGGGAUUUGCCAUCUUUAUGUUGCAGUGUUUGGUUUGGACGGCUGUAUCCCAGUGCUGCAGGAAGCGUGGCUGAUGGUGCAGAGAGCAGAGUGCCACUUGUGCUCCCCUACCCUUGUGCCAGCGAGGCCUGUGCAGGACAGCUGCUGACAGAAACACCUCCUUGCUCUUAGAGAGAUGCUGUAACCUGAGCAAAACCACCAAGUGAUAAUUGGAGAGUAAUCAAUAAUAGAUAUUCACCAAUAUUUAAAUUUCACCAGCAGUGGGUGAUGUAGUGAGGCAGAGGAAACCUUUGCCCUGGGAACCACAGACCUUUUCUGACUGAAAAUUGCACUGUGGCUCUGAACCAGUUAAUGUGGCAUUUGUGCACUUCUGAGAGGGAAUGCAAUCAGCAUUGCUGAGUUUGAUCCGUAUACAACACACUGAGUCAUGUGUAAUUCAUUUACACACAGAGGGAAAGGUGAACUGCCUGUUCUUAAUGAGCAGUGUUAUGGUACAGUGUUAUGGUAUUUGUUUUGUAAAAUAUAUUUCUCUUUUCCUGUGAAGAAAAAUUCUGCUGAUCUUCACUGCUUAAAUAGGGAAUAUAUGUGAUUAAUUGAAUUUUAAUUUAAACUUGCCACUGCACAGGAGCAUUUCUGGCUCUUGUGUUUGUUGCAAAAUAGAAGUGCUCUUUGCUUCAUUUGUCUUUAGGUAUUUCACAUAGUACAAUUUUGGCAAUAUAUUAUCUUAAAAUUGUGGUUAUAUGAAAUGUUUGUUCCCUCAUUGGGUUUGACCAUUAUUUUUUUAGCAUGAGAGGCAAAGGGCAGCAAAAUUGCUGCAAGCUACUUGAUCAGUUUGUAGGGAAGGAACACCAGUUACCAUAAAAUGACAUCUAAUAAAUCUCUUUUAGUUCAAAUUAUAUAUAGCAAAUUGCAUUUUCAAAAAAAGAAUUUUUAGAGUAUUUUUUAAAUUUUAGAAUCCUAAUCUUAAGUAAAACCAAAAAAAAAAAGUUUUACGUGGCUCUAGUAUCUUAGGAAAUUCUGAAGGAGAAGAAUAGCUCAGACUGACAGCAAAUUGUUUUGGAAAAUUUUUGAUAUUGACAGUGUUAAAUUUGCGGUUGAACUUGAUCCAUUUGAAGUCUUUUCCAGUCUAAAUAAGUCUAUGAUUCCAAGGCUUCAUUGAGACCAGAGUUUCCCUCCAGAGAUUUGUAACUCAAUUACUCCAUGAAGUCAGUCAUUUAAAGUAAAUUCUUGGCACUAAGGAGGGUUUCCUCACUUCAUUCAAAGUUGUGUGAAAUAAGGCAAAUGGGACUUUUUCCAUCCUAGUUUUAUGAAGGCAGAUUGUAAAAUAGAAGGUAUUUGGAAAUUCCACAAGGAUAUGGUUUUGCAUUGUUUUUAAAAUGAGUGAACCAGUGAAAUAUUUCCAAAAUUACUAUAUUUGUGUAGGGCGUGGUGUGCCAUAGCUGGCACGGGAACUUGCAGUAGCUGUUCAGUAUUAAUCCAUAUUCUGGAGCUGUGCAGGACUGUGCUCUUCACACGGAGCUGUUGAUGCAGUUGUGUUUGUUUGCUGAAGAACUGUGAUGCCCGAAGCAUUCCUGCAGCCAUGGGAGUUGCUGGCUGUAGCUGCUCUUGGCUGUGGCACAGCAGCAAGGCAAGGCUGAGAUUCCCAGGAGGAGCACACACAGGUGCAGUGAAAAAGGGUGGGUUGGUGGAAUACAUUGGGAGUAAUGUGAAUACUUUUUACUAUUCUGGAAUGUCUAGAACAAUGAAAAAUGUGAUUGUUUUACAAUUCAGUUGGUAUUCAGUUAUUUUAUUUUGUAACUUGUGGUUAUAAAACUCAGAAAAUGCAAUGUAACCAAAUGGUCAACAUGUAAAUGUGUGCAGGAUGUGGCAGAAGUAGUUCUGAGGGCACAGCCAGAGAGUGAUCAUUAAAAAUAGAUGCUCAAAUUGUAUAUAUACUUGCAAAAUUUUUGAUAGUGCAUUUCAAUUGAUUUUGCAUUUCAUGUUCUUGUAAAGUGCAUCUUUCAUACUUCUGAAGAUUGUCUACUUGUACUAUACUGUAUUAAGCCUUUUUUCAGGAUUUUCAUUAUUGCUGGAGCUUCCAACAUACAUGUUCCUUUUGAAAAAUGUUCUUACUGUUUUGGUUUUUGUGGGUUUUUUGGUUUGGGUUUUUUUUUUUUUUUUGUAAAUAGUGUUUUGUAUUAAAUUUGCAUGGAUAAAACCACAUUUCCAAAACCAGUGUACAUACGCUGUGUAUAAAAUACAAACUGUUUCAUAAUUUUCAUGUAGUCAAGUUAUUAAAUUUGAUUUCAUUUCAGUUUAUAUAUUUGUAGUAAAUAAUGAGAAUUUGUGGUAUGUUCUUGCAAAUGUCUAUGUUGUCAUUUUGAUAGAUAAGCAACCUGCCUCAUUAUGUCAGGGAAUACAUCCUCUGACAAAAAAAAAGCUAACUCCUGCUUCAGCAAGUAGGACACAUCCACAUAUGGAGUAUGUUGGGAUUUCGGUUUUGACCAACAGUGGUGUGAAUAUAUGGGGAUCCAGAUGUCCUCACUUGCAGCAAUCUUUGUACUUCAUACACUUCAGUGUGAAAAUCA